AUGUCUAAAUAUCGUCGAGGAAGAGCGGACGCAAUCGCGAAUCGUUUGCGGAUUGGACAACAGAAAUACGAAGAAAAGAUGAAAGCACUGAGAGAAAAUGACGCGCAAAUUAAUGAAAUACUACGUCAAAUCUGGUAUAAUUUAGGGAAGCUAGAGAGAGAUCUCUCGGUUGAUCAUCAAGAUCAGCACCUACCAUCAAACCACAAAGGUGCCUCCCGCAUGUUAGCUGCACCUGAAUCUAGGUCCGAGUCCACCGAGCCUAGAUUCAAAGCUAACUCCAAUGACAAUCCUAAGCCUGAGGGUUGCAGUUAUGUUUCUCGAAGUUUAGACACUCGUGAUUCUCGAUCGUUGGAAGUUAUCGAAGACCCUACAAUAGACUGUCUAGAUCUUGGAAGCACCGGUGAUGCUACUUUGCUUCAAUCUUGUAAACCAAUGAAGAAGAUUGGGUCACGGAGGUGCAGCAUAUUUUCUGGUGCUGAGAGAAGGGUUUUGAAGAAGCCGUAUCGAAAAACUGAAUAUUCUGAAGAAGACGAUCGAUCAUAUAAAUUUCCUUGCACUGAUCAAGUUGGGACUCGGAAUGCUAUAUUGAAGCUUUCGAUCAGGAGGUUGGAGACUUAUAGCAACCAAGAAGGUUUUGGAGAAAAUUUCAGAUGA